AUGACGGCUGCCGGCGGCGGGCGGCGGCCGGCGUCGGGUGGUGGAGCAUGUCGGCCGGCGGCGGAUAGCAGUAGUGGUUGCCGGGGGUGGAGGGCGGCCGACGUCGGGAGGUGGAGCACGACGGCUGGCGGUGGAGGACGGCGGUCGGUGGUGGACGGUUGGCGACAAGAGGCGGCCGGCGACGAAGGGCGGCCGAUGGCAAGAGGCGGAGGGCGGCUAGCGUCGGGCGGUGGAGCACGGCGGCCGGCUAUGAAGGACAGCGGCCGGUGGCGGGUGACGGCUGGCGUUGGGCGGCGGAGGACAGUGGUCGGCGGCAAAAGGCAGCUAGCGGGUGGGAGGCGACCGGCGUUGGGCAACGGAGGACGGUGGUCGGCGGCAAGAGGCAGCCGGCGGGUGGGAGGCUGCCGGCGUCAGGCGGCAGAGGACGGUGGUUGGCGGCAAGAGGCAGCCAGCGUCGGGUGGCAGAGGACGGUGGUCGGCGGCAAGAGGCGGCCGACGAGCGAGAGGUGGCCGGCAGCGGCGAAGGACGGCGGGAGGUGGCGGUGGGCGGGUUGCAGCCGACGUUGGGCGAUGGCGAACGACGGAGGAUGA